AUGCAUCACUUCUCUGACUCCAAAUCAAAUCUAAACAUGCCCAGGUCCCCUCCAGCAGCUGACUCAUACCAGCAGGGCUGCAUCAGGAUGACCCUGGAGAACGCUGAUCUCUGGAAGUCCUUCCACAGCAUUGGAACAGAGAUGAUUAUUACAAAGCAUGGACGGAGAAUGUUUCCACACUGCAGUGUCGGUCUAUCUGGGCUCCAACCUUUUGCCAAUUAUGUCAUCAUGAUGGAUAUGGUUCCUGUAGACGGCUUCAAAUACAAGUGGAAAAAGGAACAGUGGGAGGUAACUGGGAAGGCAGAGCCCCAGCCCCCAUGUCGGACAUACAUGCACCCAGACUCCCCUGCCACGGGAAGUCACUGGAUGAAGCAGUCGUUGUCUUUCCUCAAGGUGAAGCUCACCAACAACACUUUGGAUCAGCACGGUCAUAUCAUCUUGCACUCCAUGCAUCGCUACUACCCGAGGUUUCAUGUGAUACAAGCAGACAGCCCUUACACUGUCCGCUGGGGCCCCUUUCAGACCUUCUCCUUCCCAGAGACAGCCUUCACCGCAGUGACCGCUUACCAAAACCCAAAGAUCACUAAAUUGAAGAUUGACCACAACCCUUUUGCUAAGGGAUUCAGGGAGGGAGGCACCCAUUCCCACAGCAAAAGGUGUCGUUCAAAUAGAAGCCCUCCUGCAAAGAGAGCCACACUGGACAGGAAAGCUCUUUGUAGCAGUCCUCCAGACCUGCAGAGGAUGCCCUCCACCUCUCAGUCAGUGCAGGCGGAGAAGAAUCCGGCCUCCACACAGCAGCCACCGAAGGGGGGGCCCCUUUCAGCCUGGGCUCUGGAGCAGGACCCAUCUGAGAGUCUACAUGCUGAGCCCCUGGAGCUGCAUGAGUAUGACUACAGCUGUGAAGAACAGAUGGUGCCUGCAUCCGUGGCAUACCAGCCCUACAGGUCUGAUUUAAGAUCCGUGGAGUACUCCAGAUUUCCAUUCCCUACCAGUGAUGUAGAUGCAGUGCACACCCUCGUCCACCCUCAACCUCACCCACCUGCCACAGCGGAACAUGGCGUCCAACAACACGCCUACCACCAUCAUCAGCACCACCACCACGGCAAUGCAGCAGACUGGAGCCAGUACCCGCUCUUCUCGUACUCCUGUUGGUGA